AUGCUUGCAAAGCAAGUUUGGCGGUUGUACCACAAAAGGGAUACUUUAUUGUACAAAGUCCUAAGUGCUAAAUACUUUCUAGAGGGUAGCAUUUUGGAGGCCCCUAUCUCUUCGAAUGGGUCUUAUGUGUGGAAAAGUAUCUUACAAUCUAGAGAGGUGAUUCUAAAAGGUGCUAUUUGGAGGGUUGGGGAUGGGCAUUCUAUUAGUAUUUGGGAGCAUAAAUGGCAUCCUGAACCUAGAAGAAGCAAGAUAGUUUCACCAAGGUUGGAUGCAAGUGUAGAGAAAGUCUAUGAUCUUUUCUAUCCUAAUACUAUGGAGUGGAAUAUUGAGUUGCUGGAGAGCUCCUUUUAUCCUUGGGAAGUGGAGGCAAUAAGGAGGAUUUACAUGAGCAAAUUACGCCAAGUGAACUGUUUUGUGUGGCCUUUGUCGCCUGAUGGUAGCUACACGGUCAAAACAGCUUACCACAUGCUUGCAUCUGAGGAAUGUGUGGAAAAGAAUUUGGAAGAUCAGAACUCCCUAAAAAGCCAAGCACUUCAUUUGGAGAGCAGUAAAGGACUCGCUACCUAUAAAGCAAAACAAGGCACAUCAGCAAAUCCCAGUGGACUUUGUGAAGAACACCAAGAAACAAUUUUACACGUACUAUGGCUAUGCGACCAUGCGAAGGCGGUUUGGAAAUCGAGUUUCUGCUUCUCCAAACUGUAUCAGAGGGUUUUUAAAUCUUUCUUGGAUCUCUUUGAGGCUGUUUUGGAGCAAGGGUCUGUCUUCAACGUGGUUGUUUUUGCCACAACCGUAUGGAGUUUGUGGCAGCGUCAGAAUAGACUUCGUGAGCAAUAG